AUGGAUCCCGCCGGUACAUACGCCAACUGCCAGGUCGCCCGGGAUGCCUCUCAAGAGUUCCUGCACGAAUGCCAGACGGGCGAACACCAGACCGCCAAGGACCAGCUGAAGGAGCAGUUCGAGGCCAAAAACCAGCGGGGAUGGAGGAAAGUGGUGCUCAACUUCACCCCGUCGUGGUUUGCAGCCACCAUGGGCACGGGCAUUGCCUCGAUCCUCCUGCACAACCUCCCCUACAACGGUGACUGGCUGUACUGGUUGUCGGUCAUCAUCUUCUGCCUCAACAUCGCCCUCUUCUGCAUCUUCCUGUUCAUCUCCAUCCUCCGAUACACCAUGUUCCCGGGCCUGUUCAUGGCCAUGAUCCAACACCCGGUCCAGUCCCUCUUCGUCGGGACGUUCCCCAUGGGCCUCGCCACGAUUGUCAAUAUGGUGGUGUUUGUGUGUGUCGAACACUGGGGCCCGUGGGCGACCACUCUGGCCUGGACACUGUGGUGGAUCGAUGUGGUCAUUGCUGUCAGCACCUGCAUGUACCUGCCCUUUGUCAUCAUGCACUACCAUCAGAAUGAGCUCUCCAAGAUGACGGCGGUGUGGCUCCUGCCCAUCGUGGCCACCAUUGUCGCAGCGGCGUCGGGGGGGAUCGUGGCAGAGUACCUGCCCAAUCCUCAGCACGCUGUGUGGACGGUGGUGGUGUCGUACGUGCUCUGGGGCACGGGCUUCCCGCUCGCCAUGGUCGUCCUCGUCAUGUACUUCCACCGCCUCACGAUCCACCGACUGCCGCCGCGGGAGGUCAUCGUCUCGGUGUUUCUGCCACUUGGUCCGCUGGGCCAGGGGAGCUUCGGGCUCAUGCAGCUGGGCAAGGUGUGCGCCAAGGUGUUUCCCCAGACGGAGAAUUUUGGCCCGGACGCCGGCCGCAUCAUCUACAGCUUCUCCAUCGUCAUCGCCCUCGCCAUCUGGGGCUACGGGCUCGUGUGGCUGUUCUUCGCCAUCGCCAGCAUCACGCGCAGCCGGUUUCCCUUCAACAUGGGCUGGUGGGGGUUCACUUUCCCGCUGGGCGUGUUUGCCGUGUCCACCACGACCCUGGCCAAGGAAAUCCCCAGCAAGUUCUUCAAGGUGCUCGGGACCAUCUUCUCCGUCGCGGUGGUGUUGCUGUGGUUGGUUGUCGCCCUGGGCACUUUGAAGGGCGCCAUCAGCGGCACUUUAUUCUAUGCUCCUUGCGUCGAACAGUACGAGAAGAAGUUGACCAGCGAGCAGCAGAGGAAGAAGAAGGAGAAGAAACUCAACAACCGGUUGCCAUUGAAGCACUGGAGGAAGACCGAUGACGACGACACGGAGAAGCAGGAGGUGUAA